ACGCCGUUUCUCUUGCAAAACCGGGUGUCUUUGCGGGCGGAGCCUUCAGGCGAAAUCGCCGAUCCGGGGAAGGGAGAUGCAGUUCUUCGGGGGCUCCGACAUCAGCCCGUCGCCGCCCGCGCCGACGGCGGCGGGGCACAACGCGAACGUGAUGUACGUGUUCAACCGGAACGGCGCGUGCUUGUUCUACCGGGAGUGGAACCGCCCCCUCCGGACCCUGAACCCCCAGCAGGACCACAAGCUGAUGUUCGGCCUCCUCUUCUCCCUCAAAUCCCUCACCGCCAAGAUGGAUCCCACCACCUGUGGGGACAAAGGAAAUCUUGGGGUGCCGCAGUUACCAGGCCAGGGUUGUUCAUUUCACAGUUUCCGCACUAACACAUACAAACUUAGUUUCAUGGAAAGUCCUUCUGGUAUAAAGAUAAUAUUGGUUACACAUCCUAGGACCGGUGAUCUACGCGAAGCUUUGAAGUAUAUAUACAGUCUAUAUGUUGAAUAUGUGGCUAAAAACCCUCUCUACGCUCCAGGAACUCCUAUCAGGUGUGACCUUUUCAAUACAAAUCUUGACCAAUUUGUAAGGAGCAUUUCGUAAAACCUCGGUAUGGAGCUAAAUAUGUAUAUGCUUUUUGGUCAUGGAUCAAGCUUAGUGGACAAUCUGGAGAAUUGGUUGAUUGUGAUGUGCCUGCUUGGUGUAUUAUGUGCCUCUCUCUUUGCUGCCAGUGCUAGUCCAACUCCAAUCUUCCUACAUUUGUGUAUCAGCCGCUUCUUUGGUGACGGAUUAACAGAGGAAUUUUUCUAUGCUCCUCUUUCUUCUAUAUGAAUGAUAGUGAUUGUUGCAGUGGACAUUACUCUGUAGCCCUCUUUUUUUUCUUUCUUUUAUGGCUUAUCAUCGGGAUGUGCAAAAGUUGUUGGAAGGAGUUGAUUCUCAUGUCUUAAUCUAAAUUUUGAGCCCAUAUAACUUUACACGACUCAAAAUACACAAAGCUGCAAGCAUCUGCAGUGAACUUUUAUAUUGCUA